CUUUCAUAAUUGCAUUCAGUGCGGACGGUCACGCCACCAAAUCCUUGAAACUGUGGGAUGAUUGACAGUUUUUCAUUACCCUAACUCUACUGUCCAGUUCUGAGACUUGUUUUUUCAUGGCCCUGGGUUUAAAGUGCGAAACACUACCUUGUUGUUUCUGGCGGGCUGGGGCCUGGGAAAUGUUGCAAAAUCUCGCUUUGUGGUAGCUUUGUUUUGUCGUUGCGGUCGCAGUGUCAGUUGGUGCUACGUGACAUGCGAUUAAGCCAAGCUAAGCAAACAUUCUGUAACUUUGACAUCAGUCCUUGCUCGUAUCAGUUGUUGCCAGGCCUUCAGACAGAACCUGCCGCGCCAGCAAGACUGCAGUUUGGAGUUGCCCGGCCGCUGGUCAAGAUCUGGCAUCGACAUUGCUCAACAUGAAGGGGUCCUUGCUGUUAAUUGUCCAGGUCUGUUUGUACCUGUGCUACUCGGCUAGUGCCGGGAUCGUGCCCGUGCUUCGAGCAAAUGGUCUGAUGAACGCCGCUAUCGAUCCUCCCACUCCCACCCCGUGCAAAACGCCCCUACUAUGGGAAGGUCGUUACAGCGAGUGGAACCACAACGCAGGCACUAACAACCGCUACACCAUCAGUUUUGACGGAGUUAAGAGGCGCAAGUGGAUCGAAGAAGAGCUUAAAUCAAUGAGACCUGGAAGGAGGCUGUUCAAGUUCCUGAUACUGUUUGAUGAGCAGGUCACGUACAAAAUCGACCCAACAUAUAAUGUCUGCACCAAGAUCCCAAUGGAGCCUUGGCGUAACUUCAGCAUCCCACCCUCGGCCUUAUUCGAGGACAACUACCUGAUUGGAGGACCAGAGGGCAACUUGAAUGUAACCGAAUGGUCUGACCGCCAGCCUGCAAGACACAGAGAAUCCUGGAUUGGCGGUUUCACUGAAAAGGGCUGCUGGCCUGUGUUUGACAUCUUCACUUUCACCAACGACACUGUUUCCAUUGCCUACACUACCCGCUUCUUCGACCUGACGUCUGGCAUCAAGAACAUGUCCGUCUUUGACGUGCCGGCGAUCUGCAAGGGCCUGGUCACCCCUAGUACCAAGCCCCCAGGGACAUGGCAGUGGACAAAUUUGGUCGAUUGGGUGAAGGAAUUGCUGCUGGGCCCCCAGAAGGUCGACGAUGGAGGCAUUGAACUGACCUACGAGGUCGAUGUUCCUGUUACCACGGAGGCCCCCUCGAUGGUAGACAACCAGUACCCGACACAGACCUAUUGGCGGCCCCGUAUCCCAUGGUAACGGUUUUGAAGAAGAACUGUCACAUAUCUUCUGUUUGCCAACAAAUAUGGCCUGAGAUUAAUAGCCUCAAUAUAGCACACACAAGCAAUUUAUUGUUUAAUUAAUUAUACUUCCAUAUCCUUUGAAGCUGAAAUUUUUUUUGAGGAACGCUGAUUUCUUCUCAGGUGGGUGGAAGAUUUGAACAUAACAUGGUUUAGAUGGAGUAGUCCUAAUCUAUUAGAAAAUGUGUACAAGUGAAAUCAAGCUCGUGACGGACACCUCCGGUCACUGAAUUAUCAGCAGCAUUGGGAUACUAGCAAGGUUCUUUUUUUGAUGAGGCAAUCAAGCCUGGUUAAGAAAUAAUAAUACAAGGGUUACUGUCAUAAUUUAAGCCUGUUCAAGUUUCUGAUAAAGCAACAGGUCAUAUAUUUUUUUCACUUCAAAUGAGAAAUUAUUGGUGGACCUGCACUUUCAUUAUUCAGAUUUCAUGAUGUAUUUGUUUUGUUUUGACUUGAACCACUAGGAGCUUAAAGCAAACUGGUGAUUGGGAAAGACUGCUUUUAAUAUAGGUUAGCAGUGUCAAGUAUACGCCAUCUGAAGGAAAUAAAAUUUCAAUAUUGCAAA